GAGCGGCACGAUCAGCUGGAAGCGGCGGGGUGGUCGCCGGUCGGCCGUGGGGGGUUGCCGGUCGGCCGGCCGGGCAGUGUCGCGUGGGAGCCCGCGGUGUGUGUUUUGUGUGGUGGUUGUGGAGGGACUGUGGGACUGAAUGUGGUGACACUGACAGAUUGCGCGGUUGACUGUGUGCUAACAACGGUCGUACGUCAGACGGGGUCCUCAACGUGACUGCAUUUUCAACACGGGUCCCGGUUUUGUGAUACACCCCUGACUGGGACGCCGCCUCGUCUGAUUCUCCCGGGCUGCCUGGCGGGCGCCCGCGGAGCAGCGCCCCGGGGCACGGGUCGUGACCUCUGACCUCGGACGACCUGCGUCACGCACACCUGACACCCGACAUGGCAGGGUCCGACCACGAAGGUCACCGGAGGCGGCGGUUUCAGCCAUUCAAGAAGCUGCAGAAGCUUUUCCGACGGAAGGGCAAGGAAGAUGAUGAUGCAGUUGAGAGCUCGGGGCUGCCAGAAGUGCCACCCUCGCCUCAGGCCCAGCGGCGCAGGUCGGGGAAGGGCAGCUCGUCCCCCAACAAAUACCGCCUCAGCAUGUCGCACGACUCCAUCUUCCAGACGGGCGGGGAGCCCGCGGCGGGCAUGGACUCGGCAGCAUCGAUCCCAUCCCUGCCCAGCUCCAGCAGCCGACUGGCGGCCGAGCUGCGCAGUGUGCUCACCAAGAAGCGCGGCGAUGACGUCGAUGACGAUUCGGGGCUGCCGAGGUCACCUGCCACACCGCCCGACGGACCGCUGCACACGGCAAAGACCCCGACGGGCAAGUCUGGCGGCUCGUGCAGCGAUGGCUCCAUGCUCUCCAUCUACAGCUCCGGCACCGGCACCGGCACGGAUGACGACAUCUUCGGACCGCUCUCAGACAACUCGAGUCGCGUGUCGCUCUCCCGUGACCAAGACUCUGCGGAGCCACGGCCCCCGGGAGUACUGAGCCACGCCGCGGCCAAACACAGGAUCGCAGUGCGACCCAAACGGAACCACGGGGCGUCCCGACCCCGCCGUCCGGCCGCCGCGGCCAGUCUGCCGGCCACUUUGGAGGAGGAGGGAGCUGAACAGUCGCCGCCGGCUGGAAAGACGGAGGAACGGAACGGCGGCAACGCUGACCAGGGUGCUCCCGCCGCCGGCACCGAGCGUGGUCGGGCCACUCUGCCGGCCGCUGGAGUCGCCGAGCGUGCCACACCUGUCCAGCGAUCCCGUUCUACAAUCGCCGACCGGCGUCUGCGCGACCUGUCACCGCGCAAACUCUGGGGUCGGGACACCUCGGAGCCGGCCCCGGAGAAGAAGUCGGAGGGCGGCUUCUUCAGCCGCCUGUUCGGCUCCCGGCGCAGUGGAAGGAAGCGUAAGACUGGGAAGGAGACAGAGGAGACACCGCGCCCCCAGCCGCGCAGCGAUGUCUCUCAGGAGAGCAAGGAGCCUCGAGAGGCGGUCGUCAAAGCUCCCGAGCCGGAGCCGGCUCGACCUCCGGUGUCCCUGGAGAGCGUUCGCUCGGCGCCGCCGGCAGAGGUCGCCUCAGAGCCGGACGUGGUGGACAAACCCGCAGAGAACCCCGUGGUGAAGGAGAGAAAGCAGUCAGCGGCUGCUCUGGCCAGGGAGAUGAAGGAGGCCGGUCUUCUGGCGGCCAGGAGGGAGGAGAUGGCUCGCGCCGAGGAGGACAAGACUCCGGUCAGUCCUCCAGAGGAGGAAGUGCGACAGGAGGAGCAGGUGCAGAGGUCACCUGAGGUCACUGUUCGUCCUCGGUCGAUACUCCGCACGGGGUCACGGUCGGUGUCACAGGGCAGUGAGGGUGCUGAGCAGUCCGAGCCGCCGGCUCCCAAAACACCAGCUGAUGAGCCGCGGUCGCUGGAGUCGAUCCUUGACCAAGAGACACCCGCUGAGGUCGCUCCUGUGGCGAUCAAUCCCGAGGAGCCGGAGGAGAAUGAUCAGGAGCAGUCACAGGAACAGGAGGAGCAUGAGGAAUCCCCGCCUGUCCUCAGACGCCGUCGGGAGACUCCGGAGAGGACGGAGGAGGAACGUUCCUCUCCGCCCCGUCGCAGCUCGGGCACUCAGAAGCUCUCCUGGAUGGAGGAACUGCGGCGUUCCCCUCCCAGAGAGGCAUCGACAGGCUCUGGUCACGAGCUGAGAAAGACCUAUGUGAAGGAGGCUAGGUCUUCCUCUUCUGGUGAGGAGGAGGUGCAGCGACCGCCGUCUUGGGUGAAAGAGGAACAGCGGAAAACCCCGCCAUCGUCUGGGCAUGAACUUCGUAAGACUUGGAUCAAAGAGCAGCCAAAAACGCCGCCAGCUGAGGAAGAGACCAAAACGACCCCGCCGUGGGUGAAGGAUGAACUGAGGAAGUCCCCUCCGCCUCUGGCGGCGGAGGACGACAGGCCUCCAACCCCGCCCUGGAUUACAGAGGAGCUACAGAGGGCCUCGAUGCCCCCUAGCGGUCCGUCUUCAAUGGUCCCUCUGCGACCGGCGCGGGCUAAACCAGCCCGUCGUCCGGCCAGCAGCGCCGACCCGACCCUAUCCGCCCCCGGUGGCUCCCCACCAGGUGGCCACACUCUUUUCCCAUCUCAACCGACAGCGGCGCAGCGCCGUCGCGCCUCUGCGCUGGUAUUUGGUGGCGCUGAGCCCGCUCCCCCGCCAGACUCCGGCCCACGCUCUCUGGACUCGGCCAUGCUGCUGGCUGCCGACCGGGCCGAGCCGGUGGAACUGCCCCGCCCGGCCCCCGCCACCGACCCCGCAGUCAGUGCCGCUGACAGCGCGAGGAUCGGCGAGGGGAGCGACGAGGUCGCCGCUUCCCCGGCUGGCUCGUCGGAGAGGCUGAGUGGUACCAGCAGUGAGGUCGAGGUAGAGCGGGGGAGUUCGGAGGUCAGUGAGGGCAGGCAGAGUGAGGAAGAGGUGAGCAGGAGCGCCAGCUCGGAGUCGGUUGUGGAAGUGAAGGUGGAGGGAUCGCAGGAUUCGAUUGGUCAGGAGAGCGACCGCGAAGAAAUCAGCAGCGGACGCCCGGAAAGCGCGUCCAGCGGCAAAGCGAGCGAUCGAUCGGGAUCGAGGAAGAGUCUGGCAGAGAGCGUCGAGAGCGCCGCUUUGGAUAGUGGACGGUGUGACGAUCUCAUCAACCAAGAGACCUCCAUUCUCUCUACUUCUCCGGCGACUGCGGACAGGCCUGACGUUCCAGUCCAGCCAAGGAAGACCUCAGAGACUGAGCCUGCUGUCCGUCCAGCAGACGCUCCCCCUUCGUCUCCCUCCUCUGAGGUGUCCCGACACUCACCGGUAGAGAGGACCUCGUCGGGGGAGGAGGGUGACGGGACGCCCGAGUUCAUGAGAGUUCAUCUGCAUCGGGUGGAGACGCCAUCAGCCAUGACCACACAGGUGGUGGUGCCCAAACCAAAACCGAGAGAGAGCCUCUCCAAACCGACAGGGAAAGCUGAGGAGAAGGAGAAGGCAGAGAUAAAGGUGGAGAGCAAGGUGGAAGUUCAGAAAAGUGAGGAGACGGGGACUAAAAAGGUGGAUGCUAAACCUGACCACAAGUUUGAUGGCAUGAUAAAUGAUAUCCCAGAGGUUGUGCUCGUUGAGAAGCACAGCCCCCGUCAGUCUCGUGCUAGCACCCAGUCAAAUCACGAGGACAGUGUGGGCAGUACCUUCAAGACGGAGCCUGAGGCACCCGCGUCUCCGAAGAGCCACAAGGCAGCGCCGGAGGUACCGGCUCGCCAUGUCCUCUCUUCGGUGAGGACACCGGAGUCCUCCCGGAAUUCCUCCCUGGGCAGACAGAGCACACAGGACUCGGACGAUUCGGAACCCGUGGUGCUGCGCCGGAGGCCCCCGCCACCCGCCGCCGCUGCCACCAGCACUUCCCCCGACUCUGAACUCCUUAAGGUGUUCAAACGGCGCUCGCUGAAGUCAGUCAACUCUGAGGAGUCGGCGCCGAAACUCUCGACUCCCACCUCACCAGUUGAGGACCCACUGCGGGUGUCGACUGAAGAGAAGGACUCGGACCGACCCAAACCUGCGGCGGAGACUGCGUCUGUCUCGCCGUCGGAGGCGCGUUCAGUCUGGAACCAGCGCUCUGUCAGUAUGCCGGUCGGCGGACCGAAGAGCCCGACGGUCCGAGAGGCGGGACCGCCUUCCAUCGGUCCGAUACCGACCGAGACCGCGCCGGUCCGGCCGGAGAGACCCGAGAGACCGCGGAAGCCGGCACCGCCCACCCAGCCGCGCCCGUCUCCCUCGGCGGCUGUCACAGACACCCCCGCUGUGGUGACGGAGGCGCCGCGUAUCAAGGCGACCCCUGACACCGCCCGCUCGGUGUCGGCAGCGUCAGCGGCGGCCGGGCCCAGUGGGGAGCACAGGCGGUCUGUUCAGCCCGAGGAGGGAGCGCCGACCGCUGACUGGCUAAAACUGGUCCGGGAGAGACGGGAACAGCGCGAGCAGAGGGAGCAGCAGACCAUGCGCAAACUGGGACACAAGGAGAUCAUCAUUGAGCCCGACACCCUGGCACCAGCUCGUGCGCCGGCCCCUCGCAGCUCGCGCGUCCUCGAGAUGGCCAACACCUUCCAAAAACUGCAGCCCACGUGACCAGCUGGCUGAACCGUCGCCAUCGCCGCGCCGAGUCACGUGACCGCCCCGGUUCGGCCGCACCCAAAGACAGACUGCGGGAGUGAGAGAGUUACGAGUGCUGAGUGUGCCGGGUGGGACGAGAAGUGUUCCCGGCGCGGUGCGCAGCCGCCUGCGUGUGGUCCCAUACCCAACCCAUCCGUCGCCUUACUGUUGCUUUGCUGAAAGACUUUAUCGUUUAAGAUACGCACCUGGUGCGCGGCGAGAGUGUUUUAAUGAACGUUGAUGACUGAGUGAUUGUAUUGGCGGUGCUGUUACGGCUACUGAAGCUACUGCGAACAAGUGGGGACGCUCCUCAGCCGAGCUGGUUAAUGACCCGGUCGGGUCUAGCUGCGCACGGGGCCAGGCUCGGCGGAAUUAAUCGUGUAACCGUCAUAUGCUUACCGAGUGUGAUUAAGUGCAUUACUGAGCGCUCGACGCCGAGCGCUGCUGGAGUAUCGCCAAGUUUCUCGGCAAUAUCUUUACUGUGAUUGUGACGCGACGUGAAUAAAAUAGCGUGCGAGAAUUUUA